AUGGAAAAUCCAUGGCAGCUUAUAAGAAUAGCUAGAUACAUGUAUUAUUUAGAAGAAGAUGACCUUACUUAUGUUCUCAAAUGGGCAACAAGGAUUUUAAAUUUUGGCUUCCCACCUCUUAUAGGAGGCUGGAUGUUUAAAAGAGUUUACUGUGUAGUUUACCCUGGACAAACCUUUACAACUCGGCUUGGCUUUACCUUGAUGUCUUUUGCUUUAUCAGCUACCUCAAUUUUUGCAAUGCAUUUGAUAUUUUACAGAGAUCAAAGCCGGUUUUCUGAAUUAAUUGCUAAAUACCCUCCAGAAACCAAUUUUAAAGCUAGAAAAAGAGCUAGGAUCCUAAGACCACCCAAAAACACAACAAAAUCCCAAGAAAAUUCUAAUAAAUAA